AAGUAUAUACGGAGUGUAAUAAAAAAACAACUUCGUACAAGAAAGAGCAUCCGACAGAAAACAAAGCGGCAGCAACGGGAAUGGGAAUCGUGAGAACGGAUGAGAGCCAGAAGAUGGAGAUGGAGGAGCUCCGACGAAUGCUCCUCUCCUGCGCCGGCACCGGCCGGAGUAAGGACCGCGAAUCGCUCAAGCUAUCCGGGCCGGUUUUGCCGCCGGAGGAAAACGACAAACUAGUAUGCGUCACCGUAGGCGUUUCCUUCCUCGGAAUCGCAAUUGUGAACCAACUCCUACUUCGAGGCUACUCUGUUCGUAUCCUCGUCCACAACCAAGAGGAUCUGGAAAAGCUGAGGGAGAUGGAAGCGUCUGGUGAAAUGAGGGGAUGUAAUGGCAGCAACGUGGCAGAGGCAGUGAUGGCGCGAUUGAGUGACGUGGAGAGCAUAUCAGAUGCUUUCGAUGGCUGUCGUGGCGUCAUCCACACUGCUGCCUUCAUUGACCCCGCUGGCCUUUCUGGAUAUUCCAAAUCAAUGGUUGAAGUGGAAGUGAUGCGAAGCAACAAUGUUGUGGAGGCAUGUGGACGUACAGUGUCGGUUAGAUAUUGUGUGCUCACCUCCUCUCUUCUAGCAUGUGUAUGGCAACACCACACUGGCACUACUCUUCUUAACCACAAAAUUGAUCAUCACAGCUGGAGUGAUGAGUCCUUGUGUCUCACUAAAAAGCUUUGGUAUGCAUUGGGUAAGCUAAAGGCGGAAAGGGCAGCGUGGGAAAUAGCAAGGGAGGCAGGAUUGAAGCUCACCACAAUUUGCCCAGGUCUUAUCACUGGCCCCGAGUACUGUAACAGGAACCCAACAUCCACCAUUGCAUAUCUCAAAGGAGCUAGAGAGAUGUGUGAGAGAGGGGUACUGGCAACAGUGGAUGUAAACACAUUAGCCAAGGCUCAUGUAAGGGUGUACGAGGAGAUGAAUGGAACAGCGCACGGGAGAUACGUGUGUUUUGAUCAGAUUAUAACGAGUCCAAAUGAGAUCCAAGCACUGGAAACAGAGACUGGAAUCGAUAUUAGUAGUAGUAGUAGUCUUAUAACAGAUGCAUCCCACCAGCCACAAGGAGACAGAGUCCAACUCUCCAACACUAAGCUUAGUCGCCUAAUCUCAAACACAUUCAGAUGUAAACACUACUAGUAGUUUAUCAUAUUUCUGUAGUAUAUGUGAUGACUUAACAAUUGCAUUUGCUCAAGUUGAAUGACAAAGGCUUUUAGUGACUACAGCCAGAUAUUUCUUUUGGCAAAUAGAGUUUUCUAAACAAGUUGUUGCGGCCUGCGGGUUCCUCAAAAAAAAAAAAAAAAAAAAGUCACGUGAAUGAUUUAAUCGGUGAAAAGUCGACGACAAAACCAGUGUUUCAUUGGAUGCCCAGAACAGUUUUGGAGUCGAAGUUUACAGUUGAUGAAAUCACCUUUAGAGAAAACACAAAAGACGAAAGCCAUCUUUGUGUGCAUGGAUCUCCAGCAAUGCUUUAUGUCCCAAACGUCAUUAUAAGCCAUAAUUUGUGCCCGUGCUUUUUCGCUCAAAUGACUUCUUUGCUCAAUGUAAAACAUUACAAAUAAUACAUUUUACUUUAAGAAUACAUUAAAACAUUAACUUUGAAGGUCAUGUUUUACGCAGUAAUAUUUUCGAAAUUAGUUUUCCACCAGAUCGCGUGUUCUCCGCCUCGUUAAUUAUAUGUACAAAUUCUAGAUAGUAAAAUGCAAGUUCUCAUUGCUUAAUAAAUUCUCGAUGCCAGAUUGCUUAACAAAUUAUCAAUUGUAUAACGGCGUUUCUCCAACAACAAUGGUUUGGUGCUGAGCUGCUUUAGAAAAAAGUAAUAAAAAAAUAUGCAAAAUGUGCGAAACAUUACAACGAAAUAUAUUAAUGAUUAAUGUUCUAAUGCUUACUAGACCAGCUUCAAAGAUAGGAAAUCUCAGCAAAUCUGAAGAGCAAAAGAAUGAUUUGAUGUACGAGCAGAUAAACACCUCCCUUCCUAUUUAUUAUUCUAUGAAAGGGGGCUGCCUGAAUUUCUGCUCGAAAGUGGUCUGGAAUUUAAUCAAAAUUGACAGAAAGUAUAAAAAAAAAAAAUAAUAAUAAGAGGUUCAGAUUGUUGCUUAAUCUGCUCAACGAAGAGCUUUUGACGGCUCCCCUCAUACAAGAGGUGUCAGAAAUAUAAGAAGCACCAUCAUCAUCACCAACCUUCAUAAAAAAUGGCGUUCAAUUCGUCCGAAAAGUUUACAACGGCAUAGCGACUGAAAUAACCAAACAUCUCUGAAGAGACUGGAUCGGAGGAGGAAACUGACGAAAUUGAU